GCCUGCUGUGCGUAUACGAGGUCCACGCGGGCUUAGCCGGGGCCACUUCGCCGCGCGACGGCCUCGCCCGCGCGAGUCUCGGCACUCCAAGGGCCGCUGUUCCCGCGACGCCCGCCCACCCGCGCCCGCCGCCGUCGGGGGCUCGGGUCUCCGCGCGACCCGGGGCGGCCGCCCUCUCGCGUCCGCAGCCGCGCGGGGAGCCGAGCCCGGCGAGAGGCGGCGCAGAGCCCGCGCCCCGCCGCCGCCCGCGAUGCUGCUCUCCAAGUUUGGCUCUCUGGCGCACCUCUGCGGGCCGGGCGGCGUGGAUCACCUCCCGGUGAAGAUUCUGCAGCCGGCGAAGGCGGACAAGGAGAGUUUUGAGAAGGUGUACCAGGUGGGCGCCGUACUGGGCAGCGGCGGCUUCGGCACGGUCUACGCGGGCAACCGCAUCGCCGACGGGCUCCCGGUGGCCGUGAAGCACGUGGUGAAGGAGCGGGUGACCGAAUGGGGCAGCAUCGGCGGUGCGGCUGUGCCCCUCGAAGUGGUGCUGCUGCGGAAGGUGGGCGCGGCGGGCGGCGCGCGCGGCGUCAUCCGCCUGCUGGACUGGUUCGAGCGGCCCGACGGCUUCCUGCUGGUGCUCGAGCGGCCGGAGCCGGCCCAGGACCUUUUCGACUUCAUCACGGAGCGCGGCGCCCUCGACGAACCCCUGGCGCGCCGCUUCUUCGCGCAGGUGUUGGCCGCGGUGCGCCACUGCCACGCCUGCGGGGUGGUGCACCGCGACAUCAAGGACGAGAACCUUCUGGUGGACCUGCGCUCGGGGGAGCUCAAGCUCAUCGACUUCGGCUCCGGCGCGCUGCUCAAGGACACAGUGUACACGGAUUUCGACGGCACCCGAGUGUACAGCCCCCCGGAGUGGAUCCGCUACCACCGCUACCACGGGCGCUCGGCCACUGUCUGGUCCCUGGGCGUGCUGCUCUAUGACAUGGUUUGCGGGGACAUCCCCUUCGAGCAGGACGACGAGAUCCUGCGGGGCCGCCUCUUUUUCCGGAGGAGGGUCUCCCCAGAGUGCCAGCAGCUCAUCCAGUGGUGUCUGUCCCUGCGGCCCUCGGAGCGGCCUUCCCUGGACCAAAUCUCCGCCCACCCCUGGAUGCUGGGGGCGGACGGGGGCAGCUCGGAGAACUGUGACCUUCGCCUCUGCUCCCUGGACGCGGAUGACGGGGCCAGCACCACCUCCAGCAGCGAGAGCUUGUGAGGAGCCCGCGGCGCCUGGCUCGUGGGAGCCGGACAGGCCGCCUGCCCCGCCCUCCGCAGGGUGUCUCCUGCUGGGGCUGGCCGCUCCUGGAGACAGCAGUGACCUCUGACCCCGGGUGACCUUUACUUUUGGCACCGGGCCCUUCCCUUUGCUUUGAGUGCCUUUUCGAACGCUGCUCUCACGGGACUUGGUUUUCUCAAGCUCUGUCUGCCUGUCCAAAGACCUCGGUGGAAGCAGCGUCCGCCCGCAGUGGGCGGGUGCUGGGCCCCAAGACUGUCCCUGUCCUGUGCUUCCGGAGGGCGGCCCGGCGGGCCCCCGCACCUCCCCGUCUGACCAAGCUGGACCAAGAGCACUCUCGUGCUGUGGCCCCGCCUCGCCGGGGCCGGGCCCCGCGUACCCACCUCCCGCGCCCGCCCUCGUUUCUCCGUGUCCGCCCGGGCGUGUCCGUGCACAAGCAAUGCAACGUUCCGGCCUCCGCCGCCCACGCUGGCGCCCGCGGGCCGCGAACGUCUUAUUUAUGGUGUGACCCCCGCAGAGGGCUAUUUAUUGUUUAAUUUAUUUGUGGAGGGUCCUCCUCAGCAGCCCGCCCCACCAGGCCCCCGGGGAAGGGAGGCGGGGUCGGGUGGACCCCCGUCUAAGCCUGCGCCUGCCGGGGAACCGGCGUGUACAGGGGCUGCUUUACGGGCGCGGCUGAUUCCGCCCCCUUGGGCUCUGCGUCCCAGGGGGUGGGUUUUAAGUUAUUGAUCUUGUACAGUCUGCUUGUUGGCUCUGGAAGUCCGGGGGUGGGGGGACAGAGUCUCAAGCCUUUAAUUUAUUUUAGCAGCUGUGUGUCUGUGGUCCUGGUGUGCAGGCAUCGGGGACGGGGGUUCUUCCAGUUUAAAAGCAAGAUGUCUGCAGAUCAUAUUUUUUUAUACUGGGAUUUCAAUUAAA